AUGGGUAGCGUCGACGCCUCGGUUUCGGAUAUCGUUUCUUCCUAUUCAAUCCCCGCGGAAUCGAAGAGGCUGUUGACCGAAGCCUUGCUCGAGAAUCCAAAGAUCGCCAAAGACGUACCCAAAGAAGCCCAUGAAUUUGCGUCGCGAAUCACCUUCAAGGGUACCGACCUCCCUUCGAUCCCUAUUAAUUGGCGCUUCGCCGAGUCUGCCGCAAGUCUGAAAGCCUUUGAGGCAUGCAUCCUUUACGCGCUCGUGAAGCGCAAAUACAAUGUAGAACUCACCGGGGCGGAGAUCAAUACCGACCACGCACAGUUAUUCUUCAUGUCGACGCUCAUCUGGCAGAUUGACCCAGACACGGACCAUACCAUCACUCUGACUAAGAACACGGAGAAGAUGUACGAAAUGUUCCCCAACUAUGACUUCCACAAGAUGUCAUCUAGUCUGUACAAGCUGUGCGUGACCAAUAUCUAUCAGACGAAAGAUGAUCGCUAUUUCCACCUUCACGGUAGCAUGAAUCCAAAACCAUCUCUUGACAGCAUCGGUUUACCUGGAGAUCGACCUGACCUCAAGACCUGGGAGGAAGCGAUGCAGCCGUUCAUCGAAAAGCUGGCGACCAUCGACUCGGCGGAGAUGCAGCAUCUCGCAUCUGACGUGUACAAGCAAGCUGGUGUGAUAGCGGAAACUGUCGACUCCUUUCGGGCCACUGAACACGGCAGGGCAAACGCUCACGUUGGGCUUUUCGAGAUUCAUCCUGCUCCGAAUCCGUCACAGAAACCUUCCUGGUGGCCAUCGACCCCUCAGACUUCGGCCGUAAGGCCGCUUGCGGGACUCAAGGUGAUCGAUCUGACGCGUGUUAUUGCCGCUCCAGCUGUCACUAGGGGUCUGGCCGAGCUAGGUGCAAGCGUCAUGCGCGUCACUUCCCCAAACCUGGUGGACUUUAGUUCGCUGCACCUUGACCUUAGUUGGGGCAAGUGGCAGUGCAGUCUCGACCUCAAGACCGAAGAGGGAAAAGAAAAACUGAGAAACCUUAUCAAAGAUGCGGAUGUCGUGGUUCAGGGCUAUCGCCCAGGUGUGCUUGACAAGUAUGGCUUCGGCCAACAAGGCAUCAUCGACUUGGUGAAAGACCGUGAGCGUGGUAUCAUCUCGGUUCAGGAGAACUGCUACGGCUGGAAUGGUCCUUGGGAUUAUCGUUCAGGAUGGCAGCAAAUCAGCGAUGCCUGCGUCGGCAUUUCCGCAGGGUUUGGCAAAGCCAUGGGCUUGAAGAAUGACGAGCCUGUUACCCCUGUCUUCCCAAAUAGCGACUAUAUGACUGGUAUCGCCGGGGUCACCGGAAUUCUCUGUGCCUUGAUGAGGCGUGCAGAGGAAGGCGGGAGUUUCAAGGUGGAUAUUGCCCUCAACUAUUAUAAUCAGUGGUUAGCAAAUUCGGUGCAGGAGUACCCGGGAGAAGUCUGGCAGGACGUCUGGAAGAGGAAUGGAAAACAAGUCUUCCGGUGUUACCAUAACAUGAACUACCUAAUACCUCGGUAUAUGGAGAUGAUCGCGAAGAACGGUAAGAUCUUUCAGCCGUCGUUCUUCGAAGAUCGUCAAAGCAAAGCCGUUGGUGCCGUCGUACGCACAAUAAAACCAAUCAUCAAGUUCGACAAUGACCAGGUCCGCCCUGGUUACAAUGUAGGCACCAGAGGCAACGGUAAAGACGCAGCACGGUGGCCGGAUGAUCUAAUGACCGAAAUGGUGCAGUGA